AUGGAAAUGCCUAAAACAAAGCCACUCGAACGCGAAGAAUUCGGCUACACCAAAGCAAAAGGAAACAUUUACGGGCUUCCGCCCUCUACAAGCGAAGUCGAAGCUGGAAAGGUGUGUCCUCCAGAAAACCUGCGCGAAGAGUGCAGGCGAGGAGGUGGAGGUAUGCCAUUCAGCACGCAGUUCCCGGCCCCACAUCAUGUUGGAAUAAGGGCUUUCGGAGAUCAUCCGAACAUCUUGAACAACUAUAACCACGCAGGAACGGACGGAUGGGCGGAGGAAGAAGAGCAAGAAACUGGUGAAAGAGAGAUGUCCACUCAAGACCGCAUACUGUACUGUGCGAUGCAUGUACAGGAUUUUGGCUUAUCGGAGGCACAGAUAAAAUGGAAUGAGAAGUUGAUGAAAGUCCUUUAUGGAAGGGCAACCCCUAUUACGUACAAUGGACAUUUCGCUCCGUUUAACAACAAAGUCCUGGAGGCUUACGACAACAAAAGAUAUCUGUAUUGCUGCCAGUGCAACACGGAGUUGACAAAAGAGCAAACGGCAUGUGAAAAUCAGUCUUGCUCUAUAUUUGAGUCAGGUUUGAAGCUUCACGCCUACACACAGUUGAAAUAA